CGUAAAGUCAUUUUCUUUCAUAUGUUUUACCGGAAGCGGAAAUUGUUGCUCUUCUCCACGUGGGUUAUACGGGAGCUGAUCGGAUAACAUGGUGAAAGAUAAGACGAAGAACCAGAAGAAACUGCGUGCAACAGCAAAUCAUGUUGCUGACGAGGAGUAUUCCAGUGUCCCUCAUUCCUUUGUAUUUAGCCGAGGACAGAUAGGAAAAAAUGUGCAGCAGCUAAUACUGGAUGUCAGACGGGCGAUGGAGCCAUUUACAGCCUCAUCCCUAAAGGUCCGAAAAAAGAACACUCUCAAAGACUUUGUGGCUGUGGCAGGUCCCCUGGGAGUGACUCAUUUUUUGAUCUUCAGCAAGACAACAACCAAUGUCAAUUUUAAAUUUGUCCGUCUACCAAGAGGACCAACCUUGAGCUUUAAAAUAAAUGAGUAUUCCCUGAUGAAGGAUGUGAUCUCCUCAAUCAAGAGACAUCGUAUGCAUGAGCAGCAAUUCACCCACCCUCCUUUACUUGUGCUUAAUAACUUUGGCACUCAAGGGAUGCAUGUUAAAGUAAUGGCCUCUAUGUUCCAGAAUAUGUUCCCCUCCAUUAAUGUGCACAAGGUAAACUUAAAUACCAUUAAGAGAUGUAUCCUCAUAAAUUAUAAUGAUGACACAAAACAGAUUGAAUUCAGACACUAUAGUCUAAAAGUAGUUCCAGUUGGGAUGAGCAAGGGAAUGAAGAAACUUCUUCAGGAAAAAUUCCCCAACAUGAGUCGUUGGGAGGACAUCAGUGAACUGCUGGUCAGAGGCGCCAACCUCUCAGAGAGUGAGGGUGAGCAGGAUGGCGACCAUAACAUCACAGAAUUACCACAGGCAUAUUCAGGUAGAGGGAAUAUGAAGGCUCAGCAAAGUGCAGUACGUCUCACAGAGAUUGGCCCCAGAAUGACUCUAGAGCUGGUGAAGAUAGAAGAAGGUCUAAGUGAUGGAAAAGUCUUGUAUCACAGCUUUAUCCAAAGAACUGAAGAGGAGAUUAAAGCCAUGUUGGAAAACAAAGAGAAGAAGCUACAACUGAAGCACGAGAGGAAGAAAACUCAGGAUGCCGAUGUGCAACGCAAGAAGCAGCAGAAGGAAGAGAAUAAGAAGCGUAGCUUGGCCGGCAUGAAGAGGAAGCAUGGAGCGGAGCAAGAUGGAGACAGUGAAGCAGAGGAUCCUGGGAUGCAAGAAGAUGCUGCCAACGUAUCAGAGGAUGAUGAUGCAGAGUAUUACAGACAGGAAGUAGGGGAGGAACCUGAAAAAGAACUGUUUCUUCAUAGCCGUAAGAAAUCAUCUUUCCGCAGUAACAGUGGCCCACCUAGGAAGAAAUUCCAAAUGUCUAGAGGACCAGAGAAGCAAAAUCGUAAAAACCAACCACAGAGUGGACAGAAAGAAAAGCAAAGAGGAAAUUCUCCUUUUCAGAGAAAAGAUAAAUUCCACAAGGGGUUAACAUCAAGACCUGGUGAAAAAGGCAAAGGUCGGAAAAAUUAUAAAAAUGCAGAAGAGCAAAAAUUCUAUAGAAAACAAGGAGGUGCAAAAAAACCUGGAUUCAGGAAGUCAGGAGUAUUUGGCUCCAAGAUCCGUAGACCUACUCAGAAAGGAAAUGGGUCAGGACAGCGUAAAUCAGGGGAUCGAAGGGGUAAACACACCAAGCAGAAGAAAAGGGGUUUUUAAUAGGACUGUUCUAAACUUCUCAUGUAAAUAGCAGUGUAAUUAUCAAAUGCUCUGAAUAAUAAAAAUUUGUUCACUGUU